AUGGCUUCGCGUUACUCCCGCAGACUCCUAAGACCCUUGCUCUAUACCUCCGCGGCCGCAGCUGCAGGAGCAGGAGUUCUCUACAUCUCAUACCGCCCCCGUAAUAUUCCUGGCUCCGAAGCCCCAGCAGUACCCCCGCCAGGUUACCACGAGGGAAAGCUUGUGCCUCCCAGUUUCCCAUACAUCAAAUCCCGUGCAGAACAGAUUCAGGAUCUCAGACGCAGCUCUGAGAGUGGUGAAGCCAACAAGGACAAUGAGUAUGAUCUCUUGGUCAUUGGUGGCGGUGCUACAGGCUCCGGAAUUGCACUUGAUGCUGCGACACGAGGGUUGAAAGUCGCAAUUGUCGAACGCGAUGACUUCAGUGCUGGUACAAGUAGUAAGAGUACAAAGCUGGUGCACGGUGGUGUUCGUUACUUGGAGAAGGCAGUUUGGGAAUUGGAUUACAACCAGUAUGCUCUCGUCAAGGAAGCUUUGAGAGAACGAAAGUACUUCUUGAACACUGCCCCCCACCUGUCGAGUUGGCUCCCUAUCAUGGUCCCAGUGCAAAAGUGGUGGCAGGCACCUUACUUUUGGGCGGGCACCAAGUUUUAUGACUUCUUGGCCGGUACGGAGGGAAUUGAAAGCUCUUACUUCCUUACCAAGAGUAAGGCAAUUGAUGCUUUCCCCAUGCUGAGAAAAGACAACCUGUUCGGUGCCAUGGUUUACUACGAUGGUGCUCACAAUGAUUCGCGUAUGAACGUCUCUUUGGCCAUGACCGCCGCCCUAUAUGGUAGCACUGUUGUGAACCAUAUGCAGGUCACCGGCCUGACCAAGGAUGCGAAUGGUAAAUUAAACGGUGCUCAAGUGAAGGACCUGAUUGCCGAGAAGAACGGUCAAAAUGUGGAGUCCUUCAACAUCCGCGCUAAGGGAGUUAUCAAUGCUACUGGGCCUUUCACCGACUCCAUUCGACAGAUGGAUGAACCUACCGUCAAGGAGAUCGUGGCUCCUAGCUCUGGUGUUCACGUCAUCCUUCCCGGAUACUAUAGUCCCUCGGACAUGGGCUUGAUUGACCCCUCUACCUCCGAUGGCCGUGUCAUCUUCUUCCUUCCAUGGCAAGGAAACACAAUUGCUGGCACCACGGAUGCCCCAACCACCAUCACAGCGCAGCCAGAGCCUUCUGAGCACGAUAUUAACUGGAUUCUCAAUGAAGUCCGUGGGUACCUUGCCCCUGACAUUACAGUGGAUCGAAGUGAUGUGCUUGCUGCCUGGUCUGGAAUUCGACCCCUUGUCCGUGACCCCAAGGUGAAAUCAUCCGAGGCGUUGGUUCGUAACCACCUUAUCUCGGUCUCCACAUCUGGCUUGUUGACCUGCGCUGGUGGAAAAUGGACUACUUAUCGUCAAAUGGCAGAGGAGGCUGUCGAUGAGGCUGUCCAAGUGUUCGGCCUUAAGCCCCGAGAAGUUUUGGGGGCCCCUGACAUCAGUGGUGCCGGAGGCAGUGGCUUGGUGUCUGACGGCGCAGUUCUGGAUGGCAGCUGUCAAACCCAUCAGGUCCGCUUGAUUGGAGCCCAUGGAUUUUCCAAGACCCUCUUCAUCAACCUCAUUCAACACUUUGGUCUCGAAACCGAUGUCGCUCAGCACCUCACUCAAUCCUACGGUGAUCGGGCUUGGCAGGUCGCUGCUUUGGCAUCCCCAACCAACUCUCGUUUCCCCGUUCGAGGUUACCGUAUCGCAACUAUGUACCCCUUCAUUGACGGCGAAAUUCGCUACGCUGUCCGCCAUGAAUAUGCUCAAACUGUGGUCGACGUCAUUGCCCGCAGAACUCGCUUGGCAUUCUUGAACGCUGAAGCUGCCCUCGAGGCUCUUCCUGGUAUUAUCGACCUGAUGGGCGAGGAAUUGAAGUGGGACAGCAAGAGAAGGGAUCUCGAAUGGAAUGACUCUGUUCAUUUCCUUUCGUCGAUGGGCCUUCCUCAGACUCUCCGUAACCUUUCCAGAAGCGAGGUCGAGGCCGGUCGGGUGAAGGAUGUCGAUAUCUCAGAACGCAAGUCGUUCUCCAGAGUUGAGGGACCUGCCGAUAUGCUUGCCACUGAUGUUCGUACAACUGCAACAAAUCAGUCGAUCUCUGAGGGGUCUGCCGCUAAAUAG